CGGUCUGGGUUUGCUCUUAUUCUAGCCCGUGAAGCGCUUGCGUUUUGGCGCAGCUGGAGGUGGGAGACGACGUAGCCGGGCACGCUAGGUUUGGAUCGAUUCGAUCGCGCUCUAGGUCGGAGACAGGUUCCCGGAGGCGCUGGGGCUCGGGGAUUCGCGAUCGCGAUCGCGAUCCGGAUGCGGAGGUUUAUGCUAGGGCUUGAAGAAUCGCGCAGGCGCAUCGCAAUCCAGGCGCUGGAUCCAUAGAAUUGUGGCAAUUCCCAUGGCGGAUUACGUCGGCCCUUUGCACUCGUGGCUGAUUAAGAAUGGACUGGGGGAGUCGGUGAACCACACCUUGGUGGUGUCCAUCUCGCUCUUCGUGACGCUGAUCUGCGCGUGUAUUGUCCUCGGGCAUCUGUUGGAGGAGGUGAAAUGGGCGAGCGAGUCUAUCGUUUCCCUUAUCUUGGGUGUGGGGACUGGAUUUAUCGUCCUCAUUAUCAGUGGUGGGAAAAAUUCUCACAUACUCCAGUUCAACGAGGAGCUCUUUUUUAUUUACUUGCUGCCACCAAUCAUCUUCAAUGCAGGAUUCCAAGUCAAGAAGAAACACUUUUUCCGUAACUUUGCUUCGAUCAUGUUGUACGGUGCCGCCGGAGUGUUCAUAUCUUUUGUCAUAAUCUCGUUUGGUUGUAGAUAUAUCUUUCCACAUUUGGGACUUAAUUUAGCUCCAAGGAGCUAUCUCGCACUUGGAACAAUCUUUUCCGCCACAGAUACCGUCUGUACGCUGCAGGUUUUAAGUCAAGACGAAACUCCUUUGUUGUAUAGUCUGGUCUUCGGGGAAGGAGUUGUGAAUGACGCUACCUCAGUUGUUCUCUUUAGAACGAUUCAAAAGCUUGGCACGGCAAGCAUCAACGGGCUCACGGCGCUUGGGAUGUUUGCUGAUUUUAUCUACCUUUUCUUGAGCAGCACAGUGCUGGGAGUUGCUGCAGGACUGCUAAGCGCGUAUAUUAUCAAAACGCUAUACUUCGGCAGGUAUGCUUUCCAGUUCAAGUUUUUUAAGCUUUGUGAUGAACUCUUUCGCAGGCACUCGACCGACAGAGAAAUUGCAAUCAUGACUUUGAUGGCAUAUCUUUCCUACAUGAUUGCCGAGCUGUUCUACCUGAGUGGGAUCCUCACAGUCUUCUUUUGUGGCAUUGUUAUGUCACAUUAUACAUGGCACAACGUCACGGAGAGCUCAAGAAUCACAACCAAGCACACCUUUGCAACUAUGUCCUUCAUCGCUGAGACAUUUAUCUUUUUAUACGUUGGAAUGGACGCACUGGACCUGGAGAAAUGGAGGUUGGCAGAUAAGAGACAAUCAUUUUCGAUAUUCGGCGUUGUCAUAGCCUUGGUUUUGGUUAGCCGAGCCGCAUUUGUGUUUCCUUUGUCUGCUGUGGCCAACUUUUUCACCCGAUCUGAGGCUGGGAAGAUUACAAUCAGACAGCAGGUGAUCAUUUGGUGGGCGGGUUUGAUACGGGGAGCGGUCUCAAUAGCAUUGGCUUUCAACGAGUUUACAAGAUCCGGAAGCACUAUUUUCCCCGACAAUGCCACCCUUAUCACUAGCACGAUUAUUGCUGUCCUCUUCAGCACAGUGGUGUUUGGAAUGAUAACGAAGCCAUUGAUCGGGUGGCUGCUGCCUCCACACAUGAGACGUCCGGCAGUGGAUUCAGAGCCGUCGUCCCCGAAAGAAGCAAACAUCGAUCAUACUGUGGAUGGGAACUUGGAGCUUCCCCUCCUGACCGAGAGGCUCCAGAAUCUAAGGAAUGGAGUUGCGCGGAGGAGCAGCUUGCGAAUGCUGCUCGAGGCUCCAACCUCGACAAUCCAUCGCAUGUGGAGAUCAUUCGACGAUGCCUACAUGCGCCCGAUGUUUGGAGGCCGUGGCUUCGUCCCAAUCCUUCCGGGCUCACCAGGUUCCUCUAAAACGCUGACGUUGGCAGGUUCUUCUUAAACUUCUUUCUUUCUCCGAGGAUCGAGAAAUCCAUCGCUUUACUUGAUUCUUUUCUAGGAGCACGCCGCACAGAGAGAUUAAAGUUUUGUAUGUAAUUUUGUACUGCGAGAAUGUAAAGAUGCGUUUUGGAAAGGUGGA